GAGUUCUGACAAAGAUUGAGUCAAAACAGUGAUUUGGCUGUUCCUCAUGCCCGGUUUGCCCAUCGCCGAGACCAGAACCCUAAUCUGAGAUCGCGAACCAUCCUCUUCCGAUGUCAGACGUCACCGCCGAGUCCACGCCGCGCCUUCGCCUGCCUACGCCGUCGCCAUCACUAUCCCAGCAGCAGUCUCGCGGUCGUCAGCCGCCACCUCCUGGCUCCGACCCCCUCGCUCUCGGCGUCGUCAUCUUCAUCGCCGUCUGCUUCCUCCUGGUUUCAAUCUCAGCUCCAUCAAGCAUUUUACAUCAAGUUCCCGAAGGACAUGUUGGGGUAUACUGGAGAGGAGGUGCUCUUUUGAAAACCAUUACUACUCCAGGUUAUCACCUGAAGCUGCCUUUCAUCACCCAGUUUGAGCCAAUACAGGUUACACUCCAAACAGACCAGGUCAAAGGUAUUCCUUGUGGAACGAAAGGUGGUGUCAUGAUCAGCUUUGACAAGAUAGAGGUUGUCAAUCGUCUUAAUAAAGACUUUGUUUAUGACACCCUACUCAAUUAUGGUGUGCAUUAUGAUAAGACAUGGAUAUAUGACAAAAUUCAUCAUGAGAUAAACCAGUUCUGCAGUGCUCAUAGUUUGCAGCAAGUUUACAUUGACAUGUUCGAUCAGAUUGAUGAGACCAUGAAAGAAGCUAUCCAAAGGGACUGCACGCGCUAUGCUCCUGGAAUUGAGAUUAUCAGUGUUCGUGUUACAAAGCCAAACAUACCUGUUAGUAUUAGGAGAAAUUUUGAACUUAUGGAGGAGGAGCGUACAAAGGCGCUAAUUGCCAUCGAAAGGCAAAAGGUGGCAGAAAAGGAGGCAGAAACUCAGAAGAAGAUCGCCCUAUCUGAAGCAGAAAAGAAUGCACUAGUGAGCAAGAUCCUCAUGCAACAGAUGCUAACGGAGAAGGACAGUUCCAAAAGGCAGCAGCAGAUUGAUAAUGAAAUGUUUCUUGCCCGAGAGAGAGCCCUCGCGGAUGCAAACUAUUACAGGAUUACGAAGGAAGCAGAGGCUAACAAACUAAAACUUACUCCCGAGUAUCUUGAGCUGAGGUUCAUUGAAUCAAUUGCCAAUAACACAAAGAUUUUCUUUGGAGAAAAGAUUCCAACCAUGAUUAUGGAUCAAAGAUUGAUUCGGAAUCACCUUGAUUCUGCUCUGAGCAAGGACCGGUUAGAAAUAUAGUAGCAUCUCUUGAAAAUUUGAAGGAACGUUGGUUGUUUUGUAAUCCUGUCUGGAGGUUUGGAUUUCGUUGAAGCCCUUCGGAGCAUGUGAAUAAAAAAGGAUGAGAUACUAGGACUCUUUAAGAUUUGAAGUAGCUAGCCUUUGGAAUUGCCUUAAUGGCUUUCAAGCAAGGACCGUUUAGCCUUGUGGAAUACUUGUAGUUGAACGAUAAGGAAAAGAAAUGCGGAGCUCACAGCUGCAAUGUGUUGCAACUGGUAGUGAUUUGUUA